UGCGGAAGUAUGUACAUACACAGGAAACUAGCACAGUUUUGUUUACAUGUGACAUGCAAUUUGGCAAGUGGUACAGAGUUCAGUUUUUAAGUAACCAUCUUUAACAUUUAGUGACGUAUUAUAUGUAGACACAGUCUUCACACAACUCUACAAAGAAACCGAUUUUUGUCGUUAGAUAUUGGAAUUAGCUAGCAUAAGUUAGCUAGGUGGUGCUUGAGCUAACGUUCGCUAGCUCCCUAUAUUGUCAGAUCACUGGUAAUCAACGGAGUUAAUGCUGGAGCCCUGUGAAGAACUGCAGCAUGUUUCCCCGCAGCGCUGCACCGAGGGGGCGGUCAGCCUACCGUGACGGCCUGUACCCGACACCCCCUGUACCUAUUUGCUACGAUUAUAAUCACCAACGCCUGGCUGCUGUCAACAGCUUCUAUGUUUCUGGACGAGAAAGGUUGCCUACAUAUGAAUGGAAGCCCUAUCCAGCCCUAUCUCCAGUCCCUCCUCGAGUCCCAGCUCCUUACACACCAACUAUCCCCAAUGGGCGCAAGAGGCAGAAUGAUGAAUACAGCCCCCAUGUUGUGAAGCGCCAACGCCUCGAAUCCCCUUCCCACACAUUAGUAGGCUCCCCUUUACCUCGGGCCACUCCCCCUCGUCGUCCUGACCAAGCGGUGCCAGGGUCGUCAAGAUCGUCCUUUGGUUUUGAUAGCUGUUAUCCCAGCCCACGUGCCCAUAUCCACCCUCAGGUGAAAGUUGUCCCAGAAAGCUCCAACAGCCUGCAGGCCUACGCUAAGGACAAGUUAAGUGAACAGAUGCUGGAGCUGUUUGAGGCGUGCCAGCAGCAAACUUCCGAUUUGGCCCGGAAGGAGACGUGCCGAACUCGGCUGCAGAAAGACAUACAGAGUAUCUAUGCAGUUGCACGACUUUACUUGACUGGGUCUUCUAUGAAUGGAUUGGGCUGCCGGAGCAGUGAUGCUGAUCUGUGUCUGGUCCUCAAGGGAAAUAACAGACCUGAUCCUAUUAAUGUCCUUACUGUCCUCCAAAGGUUGUUCAAGUCACUGUCAUAUGUGGAGAGGACUCAGCUGAUCAGAGCUAAAGUACCAAUCCUCAGGUUCAGAGAGAAAGGCAGUGAUCUGGAGUUUGAUCUGAAUAUCAACAACACAGUGGGCAUCAGAAACACAUUCCUUCUGAGGAGUUAUGCCUAUGCUGAUCUCAGGAUAAGACCUAUGAUCCUUGUUGUCAAGAAAUGGGCACGGCACAAUCAAAUCAAUGAUGCCAGCAAAGGAACGUUAAGCAGCUACACACUUGUGCUGAUGGUGCUGCACUACCUCCAGACUCUUAAGGAACCGGUCCUUCCCUCUCUACAGAGGGACUACCCAGAGUGUUUUUAUGCCCUCUUGGACAUUGACAUGGUUCCAGAGGGACCCAAACACGUCCCUCCCUACAUCUCAACAAACCAGUCUUCUCUGGGAGAGCUUCUUUUGGGCUUUCUCAAAUACUACGCCACAGACUUCAGGUGGGAUAAGCAGGUGAUCUCUGUUCGAGAGGCCAAAGCUUUGCCCAAGAACAAUUCUAAAGAGUGGAGAAACAAAUACAUAUGUGUGGAAGAGCCAUUUGAAAAAAAUAACGUUGCCAGGGCAGUCCAUGAGAAGAUCAAGUUUGAUGCCAUUAAAGCUACGUUUGCUGAGUCAUGUCGGAUACUACAGGACAGGAAGGACCUGAACUCGAUCAUCCCAGUCAGAGCCAUCAUUAACAAGGAGUCAUCCAGGAGAUAAGGGGUCGCUCGUCUUAUUAGACAAGCGGAUGGGAGUCUUCUACCUCAAGACAGGCCUGUCCCCAGAAACAACCAGAUACCUUUUGGAUGUGCUGAGAGAGGAGCCCUGCUGCUCUGUAACUCACAGACACAAAGACUGGGAGUCUGAAUGCUCUGGCUGCAUUGGUAUCGGUCGCAUACUGUAUUUCCCUUUGCAGUACAUAUUGAAAAUACUGCACUCAUAUUCCAAUGCUUAGCAGACUUUGCCAAAUGAUUAAAACUAAUAAUAAGAGUGACACCAGAGGGCUCUGAAAUCAUAAUCCUGUCCCAUAAACUGGUGACAGAGAGAUGCCCCACUGAAGCGUGAUGAUAGUGGUCAGUGUUAUUAGACCUAGUUAAUGCUGCUACAUGGCCCUGUUUCCCAACACAUAGCAUUCCUGGGAAGAAGUCAAGUGUACUGACAAAGUAUGAAAAGACAAAAUAAUGCCUGCACCCUGCUCAAAUCUGAAGCUGGCAUAAAUGGAAGCAAAAGUGUUGACGUUCGUCUCAACCAAGUUUAUCUCCUCUGAUCUCAAUUUUAGUUAUGUCCACAUUGCUAGAGCCAAACUGUACAGUUUUGAAGAAUAUGCCAAUAAUUUUCUUUUGCCACAUGUAUGUACAAAUAUAUACAGUAUCUUCAGCCUGUCUGGACCAACUUGUAAUCAAAGCCUUUUUUCUAUUUUUCUAGGUCAAUAGUGAAGCUAUUGUGGGUUUAAACACCAUAGACACUUUUUUCUACAGCUGCAUUAAAUGCCCUCUGUUCUUUAUUACCAUCUUUAAGUUUCUAACCUCCUCUGAAAACUGAGCUUGCUGUUAAGUGAUGUUUAAGUUAGUAGCAUAAUUUAAGUGACUCAGAGGUGAUCAUUAGAGGGUUGUGAAUAGGCCAGACUCUGGAUAUUGUUACUUCUUCAUCAUUGCUCAUGAUGUCUUGUAUUAUUUCCCCUAGACUGGUGUCAACCAGUGUUGCCAGAUUGGGCCAAUUUCCGUCCAAUUGGGCUACUUUUUAUUUAAUUGUGCACACAUACUAACAAAAAAACCUUUCCUGUGUGAUAAAUAAAAAUUGGGCUACUUUUAUGAUGAUUGGGUUGGUUCUUGGCUCUGAUUGGGCUACUUUUUGUCACUCCAGUCUGGCAACACUUGAGGCCUAUGCUGUGGGAAUUUAGUUCACUAUCUUCUUGAUAGAUGGUAUUCACUCAUUUUCUGUUCACUUAAUGCAUAAGUUAUUUGAAGAAUUUACAAUUGAUGUUUUCUUUUUCUUGAGUUUCUUUUUUUCUCAGCUCUUUUUGUACAUUUUGUACAUUACUGACUUUUAAAUGUUUAUUUAAAAGAGUGAAAUCUUUGAAGAUUGUUUUCACUUCAUAUUUUUGAGCUCUAUGUGAAACCUGCUGAAUUCUUGGCUUUACUUAUAGAAGUUCUGAAAUCAUAUUAAACUGUACAUCGGCUUC